AUGUUUACAGCUCUACGUACAAAUCCAUCAGAUGGAGAAGUCAUAGUAACUGACACAUUAAAUGCACCUGUUUCCACAUGUAUUACAAAUGUUAUCCCGAAUUCUAUCAUAUCAAGUGGAGUUGGCGAGGAGGAUAACUAUUUAACAGGUCAUUUAAUGGGUGAAUACACUGGUCCAGUUGAAUCCGUUUUACCUCGAGAAUUCAGGCAAAGACUUCAUAAACAUUUUGCUAGAAUCGAACGUGAAUUUGAACGAGAGUAUAGAAGGUUAUAUAGCGAAAACUUAGCAUUACAAGAACGUUUGGAGAAAUUUGAAGAUGGUGAUCAUUCAGAAACAAUAACCUUGGUAAAAAAAUUGGGGGCAAGUAUGUUGUCACAGCGUAUCAAACAACAAUAUAAACAAUCCACAUCUCGUCUAGUUUCAAGUCUUCGUCAAUCUACAGGUCAUUCUUCCAGUAAUAUAGGUCAAGGAUGCACAUAUUCGGUUACCCAACCAGGAAUAACAGCUACAACUUGUGUUGGUGUAACUUCAAAUACUCUUUCUGUUGCCGUCAAUAGUCCGUUAAAUUAUUCAGGGAAUAUUGCUUUGCCUAGUGGUGGUAGCACAACUGGACAUGGGACAGCCAUUUUUGCUGGAAGCUUUUCAGGACACAAUGGAAAUUUCCAGUUGAUGAAUCGAGUGGCUGGACAUAGAGAUGGUAUAUGGGAGGUUACUUCAUUCAGGAGGUUUAUUGCGACUGCAUCUGCUGACAAUACUGCUCGUCUUUGGAUUAACGAUGGUCAAUUAAAUUGUUUAUUAGUCUAUAUGGGUCAUUCAGGUUCAGUAAACUCUGUUCGAUUUCGAAAUAAAGACAGUUUAAUGUUAACAUCUAGUGGAGAUGGAACUGCCCACCUUAUUCGUUUGCCAUUUGAUUUAAUAACUAAAGCUGCAACUUCACUUACAAGUGGAAACACAUCAGGAGCUGCAUUGGAUGCCGUCGCCUCGGCUCUUGCUUCAGAAACUGCUGGAACAAGUCCUAUGGGUUUGGGAAUGAGUACAAUUUCAGGAACUGCUAUCAAGUCAGGGAUUGAUCCGGUUGGUUCGUAUGAUUCAGAUGAAACGAUGAAUUUAUUAGUUGGUUCUACAGAAGAAGUUCGCAUUGCCGCUAUCCCACCUAUCGCUGUUCGACAUCCUCACGCAAUAUUUCAGUCUGCAAACUUAUAUUUAUCAUCAUCUGGUACAGUUUGGAAUUCUACUGGUGCUUCAGGAUGCAAUGUUAUCGACUCAUCACCUUUAUCUGCUGCUGAUUUUGUUUACGGACGAGAACAGUUAGUGACAGCAUCGUGGGAUCGUCUAGGUAGAACAUAUGAUCUUGCAACUGGACAAGAGCUAGAAUCACUUACGGGACAUGAUGAUCAUUUGACAGAUGUACGUUGUGAACCAGGUGGGUUUCCUGUUGUUGUCACGUCGUCAAGGGAUUGUACAUUUCGUUUGUGGGAUUUUCGUCAACCAGGAAUGCGGGUUCAUGUUCAACAGGCCCAUAGUCAAACAGUUUCAACCACACAAUUUUUGGCACCCGGUUCUCCUGAACGUCUUAUAAGCGCUGGUGCUGAUAGGUUUUGUCGUAUUUGGGACUUGAGACAAAGCCGUGGUCCAGUUGUUAGCAUUAGAACCGAUGCAGCAAUCAAUCGCUUGGGUUUGUCUGGUUAUGGACCAAGUGUAUCAUAUCAGCCAACAGAAACAAUUAAUCCUGCUCCAACUGUAAUUGGAUCGUCUUCCAGUGAAGCUCCAUCUCAAGCUGCUCAACAUGGGUCUGUGUUAAGUACUUCAGUUCAUAAUCCUUGUCCUUCCAGUUACCCCAAGUAUAUUGCUCUACCGCUGGUCAAUCGAGGAAUAAAGCUACUUGAUGUAAAUGGCAACAGAAUUGGUCGGUUAACUAGAUCGUCACAUGGUCAUUCUCGUAUGGUAACUUGUGUUGCAUGGGCAAAUGAAGGUGUUCACAAUCUCUUCUCAACUGGUUUUGACGGUCUCUUAUUGGCUUGGCAAAUUCACAUUGGAAAUGUUUAG